AUGGAAAUUGGUUUCUGGAAUGGAAAUGGCAUCAGGUUUAUUUUUGAGAACUCGUCUGCUGGGAAUAUGUACGAUUUUAGCUUCCAGUCCAAUGCAAAUGAAGCGGUUUACACUUUUACUACCAGUAAGACUUAUGACCUUGUGUGGUUUGUGAUGAGUUACAUGGGAAACCUGAAGCAGUAUUUUAUGGUAGAUGGGAAGAUCUCUUCUUUGAAUCAUGCUUUGUGUGAGGAUUCGGCUGGUGGUAAUACUGGGACAUGCUUUAGUUCAAUACCUUCUAACUGUGGCAAUGGUGAUAGCUUUUUUCAGAUGAAUGGUUUGCUGCCAUCUACAUUUAAUAGCACUGGUUCCGUAAAUAUGGCGAUUACUGAUUGUGAAACUUUCUGCAAGAACAAUUGUUCUUGUACAGCAUUUGCUUCAGUUCAGAAUGGUCCAACCAGGAUGUCAACUAUACUAUGGCAAUUGCUGCUACUUGAUGCAAUUAGUACUUUCUUAAAUUUUUUACUAGUAUACAUGAGACUAGAAUAA